CUCUUUGCACAACUGUAGGUUCAGGUUCUGCAACAUUGUUGGUGCUGGUGGCACUCCACAUACAAGGCAUAUUCUUUCACAACUUUCUGAGGUGACAACGAGGCUUUAAACUUAAUCAGGUUAAUUGAAUCUCUGUCUGUGGUAAAGUUCAAGAGCCAAUGGCAGCACUACCCUUGACGAACUGGAACACUGGCCUCUUUGGCUGUUGCGAGGACACAAGUUCUUGCUGCUAUGGUUUCUGGUGCUGCCCUUGCCUUGCCUGCACGGUUUCAGGAACAUUUGGAGAGAACCGUUGUCUUCCAUUAUGUGACAUAUUCAGCCCUGCCAUAACAGCAGCCUGUGGACUACCUCUGUGUGCGCCUCCGGCAGGCCUGUCUCUAAGGGCUGCCAUGCGAAACAGAUAUGGUGUCAAGGGUUCUCUCUGUAAGGACAUUGCGACUUCCUGUGUCUGCUCCUGGUGCUCCUGGUGUCAGAUGCAUCGUGAGUUGAAAUAUCGCAAGAAAAACUCUGUAGUUGUUGUCAACAUGCAGCCUGGUCCAGUGAUGAUGGCUCCUGGACACCCACCUCCUGCUGGUUUUGUGAGCCAGUCGGGGGUUGUUGUGGCUUCAUACUGAGCUUUGUGGCAUCUAAUUGGUCUGCUCUGUCAUGUGAAGGAGAUUUGAUUUGGCUCAGGUCACUUAUCUGUGGUGUGACCGUGUUGUGUUAUUUAUGGUUAGGUGUGGGGCUGAGAGGGAGUAUACAGUCUCCAGACUACAGAGUUUUUCUUGUAUUGACGUUUUUUCCCCCCCCAAGGAGCUGCUGUUUGUUUGGUUACACUGAGGACAGAAGCAUUGUAUUUAUCAGUUAAAUCUAAAGAUGUGAUCGUUUUGAAUUGUGCCCCCUUGGAAUCAGAGCAUGCUGGGUACAUUUCACUUCCAUAAUGCUACAAUAAUGAUAAUCAUGACAAUUUUAUGGUGAAAGUUGGUAGAUAUGAUCAGUUAUUCCCUCUUUUUAAAGACCUAGGACUUAUCUGCCUUAAUAAAAUUGAACUACUGUUGUAAACUAUGGUCUCAAGAUGAUCAGGAUCAGAAGGAAGUUCACAAAUGUGCCUUUGAAUGUGAAAGAGAGCAGAGGUCUGUAUCUGUUUCCUGAACAUUACCAAAAUACUUGCUUGUCUUUGUCUGUUGUUGAUCUGUACUUGAAGUAAUCAUUUUUUUCUGCUCCUCCCCUGAGAGGAAGUGGUUGGUGUCUGUGUGUUGAUGUGGGUGAAAUCACAAUCAAAUGAAAAAUGUCAAAAAAAAUAAAUAAAUACUGUAUUUUCAUACUUCUUAGUAAAUAGCAUGUGGGUUGUAAUGAUUGAUGAUAAUUCAUAUUCCAUACAAUCAUCGCAGAUUUUUUUAACAAACAAGUUUCUAACCAAUAUUGCAUUGUUUUACACUUUUUAAUAAAACUGACAUUUAAUUGAAA